AUGGGUGCUUAUCUAUCUUGUCCAGAAACGGCAAAGGAUUCAAUCGAGGGGCAAAACGGUCGGCUGCGAUUUGCCGCGACUUCAAUGCAAGGAUGGCGUGUUUCGCAAGAGGAUGCUCACAAUUGCUUGGAGGAUCUUAUUGAUGGAUGGUCCAUGUUUUCAGUUUACGAUGGACAUGGAGGCUGUGAGGUGGCACAAUACACCGCCAAAAUGCUUCCCGACUUGAUCCGAGUCAGCGAAUUUGAGAAGGCCGACGAUGUGACCAAAAUUCUUCAGGACGUCUUCAUCAACUUUGACGAGCAUCUUCGGAGUGAAACUGCCAUUGAAAAGAUGGAGGCCAUCGCCACAGCAUCAACCAAAGAAAGCGGCGACAAAGAUGAAGAAAGCGAAGUGAAUGCGGUCAUUAACGAAGCAACACUCCCUCUUCACGAGAUUCUCGCAAAAUAUGGACUAGCUAUACUAAGAAAGCCAUUAGCUAGGAAAAAGCAAGCCUUUAUUGAAGAGAACAAGGAUGAGAACAACGAAGAAGAGAUGGCAAAUAGAGACAGUGGAGAAGAAAAGAGCGAUGUCGUACACACAAAGCGUUCAACCUCUCCGGCUGGAAAGCCCGUCAAACGAGCCAAGUUGGAUGAUGAGCAACCACCAAAAGAAACGGCCGAUGAUAUGGAGACCAAUCAAGAACCCACUAAAGAAGAAAAGCAAAAUGCUAAUACAGCUGAAGCCGAUGAAAGUAACAAAGCUGAAGUUUCCAAUAGCGACGACACUUCGGAUGAAGAAUUUCUAGAAGAAAGCGAUGAAGAUGAUGAUGAAGAAAUGUCGGAUGAAUGCGAAGAUUGGAGCGAAGAAAGAAUCGAGAACGCAGACUUCCCCAUGGAGUCACCUAAUGCGGAGAAUAAAGUUGCUGGAGUGGACAGCGGCACAACUGCGUGUGUGUGCUUGGUCGGCAAAGAAAAAGUUAUUGUCGCAAACAUUGGUGACUCUCGCGCUGUUAUGUUCCACGCUGGAACCGCCUUCGAUCUCUCGUCAGACCAUAAACCCGAGGAUGCCAUUGAGAAGGAACGCAUUCAAGCAGCUGGUGGAAUCAUUACCGACGAUGGACGUGUCUGCGGGGGCCUCAAUUUAAGUCGCGCACUUGGAGAUCAUUUCUACAAGAAGAUUCAAACGCUUACACCCGAAGAUGAAUUCCUGGUCGUAGCUUGUGAUGGCAUUUGGAACUCCAUGUCAAGUCAAGAGGUGGUCGACUUCAUCAAGGAACGAUUAGAGCAGAAGAAGCCGCUCAAGGACAUCGUGGAAGAACUCUGCGACUCUUGCUUGGCUGAAAAUAGCGGUGGUGACGGAACCGGUUGUGAUAACAUGACAUGCAUCAUUGUGGACUUUCGGAAUCCGACCACCGAGCACGCCGAAAAGGAAUCUCCAAACGAAUUGCUUUCCAAAGUUGACAAUGCC